AUGAACAAUUUUGCACAAAGAUGGCUGUUUUCUACGAACCACAAAGAUAUAGGGACUCUAUAUUUAAUUUUUGGUGCCAUUGCCGGAGUCAUGGGUACAUGCUUCUCAGUACUAAUUCGUAUGGAAUUAGCACAGCCUGGCAAUCAAAUUCUUGGUGGAAAUCAUCAACUUUAUAAUGUGUUAAUAACAGCUCACGCUUUUUUAAUGAUCUUUUUCAUGGUUAUGCCUGCGAUGAUAGGUGGAUUUGGUAAUUGGUUCGUUCCGAUUCUUAUAGGCGCACCUGAUAUGGCAUUUCCACGAUUAAAUAACAUUAGUUUUUGGUUGUUACCACCGUCACUCUUACUUCUCUUAAGUUCUGCUUUGGUAGAAGUGGGCGCUGGUACCGGAUGGACGGUCUAUCCGCCGUUAAGUGGUAUAACCAGUCAUUCUGGAGGAUCUGUGGAUUUAGCCAUUUUCAGUCUUCAUUUAUCGGGUGUUUCCUCUAUUUUAGGUUCUAUCAAUUUUAUCACUACUAUUUUCAACAUGCGUGGGCCAGGAAUGACCAUGCAUAGAUUACCCCUAUUCGUAUGGUCCGUAUUAGUGACAGCAUUCCUACUUUUAUUAUCUCUUCCAGUAUUGGCAGGUGCAAUUACCAUGUUAUUAACUGAUAGGAACUUUAAUACAACCUUUUUUGAUCCUGCAGGAGGAGGAGAUCCAAUUUUAUACCAGCAUCUGUUUUGGUUUUUCGGUCAUCCUGAGGUCUAUAUUCUAAUUUCGCCAGGAUUCGGUAUCAUUAGUCAUAUCGUUUCUACCUUUUCAAGAAAACCCGUAUUUGGUUAUCUAGGCAUGGUUUAUGCCUUGAUCAGUAUUGGAGUUCUUGGAUUUAUUGUGUGGGCGCACCACAUGUUUACUGUAGGCUUAGAUGUUGAUACACGUGCUUACUUCACUGCGGCUACCAUGAUUAUUGCCGUGCCUACUGGAAUAAAAAUUUUUAGUUGGAUUGCUACCAUGUGGGGAGGUUCAAUACAAUACAAAACACCCAUGUUAUUUGCUGUAGGAUUUAUUUUCUUGUUUACUGUAGGGGGUCUUACUGGAAUAGUAUUGGCCAAUUCUGGGCUGGACAUCGCUCUACAUGAUACUUAUUAUGUGGUUGCACAUUUUCAUUAUGUUCUUUCUAUGGGAGCUGUUUUUGCUUUAUUUGCAGGAUUCUACUAUUGGAUAGGUAAAAUAACUGGUCUUCAAUAUCCAGAGACUUUAGGUCAAAUUCAUUUUUGGAUCACUUUCUUUGGUGUGAACUUGACUUUUUUUCCUAUGCAUUUUUUAGGUCUUGCAGGUAUGCCACGUCGCAUUCCAGAUUAUCCAGAUGCUUACGCUGGAUGGAAUGCCUUCAGUAGUUUCGGCUCGUAUGUUUCUGUAAUAGGAAUUUUUUGUUUCUUUGUAGUGGUUUUUUUUACUCUAACCAGUGAAAACAAGUGUGCUCCAAGUCCUUGGGCUGUUGAACAGAAUUCAACGACACUUGAAUGGAUGGUCAAAAGCCCUCCGGCAUUUCACACUUUUUCAGAACUUCCGGUUAUCAAGGAAAGCAUUUAG